AUGGCUUGCCACGGAUCCGUGGCCAAAAUGGGACGCCUUACACGUGGUUUCAAAUCCGUAAGGAAAUCCUCCUCGGACGAUCAUCUUACAUCUCCGAGUCCGUUGCGCGGCGGCGGCGUGUCUCUCGGGCCACGUUACGCCAGUGCCACUGCAUCUCCGACCCCAAAGCUUCAGAGCCACCGGCGCAAAACGGCCUCUGAUGACGGAACGCCAAAAUCUACCAAUUCAUCAGCUUUCCUGGUUGGCUCUAGCGUUGAAGACGACAUUUUCACCGAAGCGUCGUCUGAAACCCCGGCCAAGGCAUCUGUGACCAACAAAGAAACACAGCUCCAAGUAUUUGACGGUUCCCCAGCGAAGCUAGACGCCCAAGUGAUCUACCCAGGCACUGCCUGCAUGUUCGUUGCAAAUCUUUCUCAGCCCUACGAGGACAAGGUUCUCGAAUUCGAAGUCACCAAGAUUUUUAGCCAAUUUGGAGAGGUGUGGGUGAAAAUCAAACGAGAUUGUUAUCAAAUGCCCUUCGCAUUUUGCCAGUUCACCAAUGACAAUGAUGCUCAAAGAGCAGAGAAGUUUGGCAAAGGAAUGAAAAUUCUCGGACGGCCUUGCCGUACUGAGAUGGCUCGCGCUCAGUCUUCGUUUCUUGUCUCGAAGAAGAGUGGCAUGCCUAUCACAAUUUCUGAGGCUACAACGCUCCUCAGUCAGCUCGGCGAAGUCGCAAAGGCUGAAUUUGCGGACGACGGGAUUCAACGAUCUCUCGGUUUCCCGCCGUCUGUUCUAGUCACAUACAAAAUGUAUGACGCUAGACGUGAACCAGUCAGAUACUUUGCGCAAGAUCAAACAUAUGUGGUCGUAGCCAACAAUCCCAAACGACACAAUAAUAUCGUGUCUUCUGCGUCUAAGUGGGACGGCGGCGAUGCACUUAUGCAAAGAUAUGACAAGGAUCGUCGCUCGGCAUACGUUGGGAACCUCCCUCCCGACAUGACUGAGAACGUUCUCCGAGAUCUUGCCGGCUCGAGCGGUGAGGUUUUGGGUGUUCAGAUAUAUAAGAGGGACAUUCCAGGCAAACCUGGACAAACAAACUGCUUUGCAUUCGUUGAGUUUGCGAGACCAGACGGUGCUGACGACCUAAUUACAACCAUGAACAACACAGAUAUCGACGGCAACUCCAUUCGGGUAGAGCGUAAACAUUCUCGAACAUUUGAGACUCCACGACGCGAAGCCGGAUAUCGAAGCUGCUGGUCGACUCUCCCCAGACGUCGCGCUGGAAGUUCCUUUAUUGACGAUAGUGCAUCAACCACAAAGCGAGCUGAGUCCCCGAACCGGCGUAUGAACUACAACAAAUCAUUCUCUUAUGGACAGAACCGACGACCCCGCCAGACCAUCUUCAAUAUCGACACGUCUGUCGGCAAAGCCAUGUCCUCUCUCAAUCUUGAGCAAGCCUCAGAAAAGAUGGAGGGAGUUCAACCCCAACAUGACUCUCGAGGUUUUGGCUCCCCAAGUAAGAAGUCAGUUGAGUUUGAACUGCCCAGCGGACCUUCCUCCGGAACUCGCGCCGAAACUUGCCCGACUACUCCCACAGUUGGGGCGGUGAGUGACGAUCAGCACGUGGCAAGUCCGAUCCUCUCGGACGAUGAUUCCGGCACUCUAACAGCUGUCAACACUGUUCCGGCUCCGCAGAUCUCUCCAGGUGUUAUGAUGCCGCCUCCUUUUGCUUGGGCGCCAUUUUACCAACCAUACCCGCAGAGCUAUCAGUAUAUGGCGGGACCAUUCACUCCUCAUCAACCAGUGAAUGAAGGCAUGGUGCCAUCAUAUAUGACCCCUCAAUACCCUGCUCAUCCGACCAUGAUUUAUCAAAACAUGAUGAUGCCAACGCCGGCUAUGAUGGCUGCUCCUCCUACCCCAACGGGACGAUUUCGUGGUUCGGAUCACCACAAGGGACAUGACGGAGGGUCCAACACCAAGAACUAA